CACCGUUAUUCUCACCCGUCGAUAAAACCCCGAGCUGUCCUACCAUCCUCUCGCUCCUCACUCACGCACCACUCUCUUUCUCCUCAGUCCCUCCUUUCACGAUGAAGUUCUACACCUCUGCCCUCGCUUUGGCCUCAUGUGCCACCGCCAUUGUUGUCCCUGCUGGCACUGCACCAAAGUACGACGUUGAUAUUGCGAUCAUCGGCGGUGGAUCUUCUGGUAUCCACGCUGCCAUCAACCUUAAGGAUGAUGGUUUGAAGGUUGCUGUUAUUGAGAAGGAUAAGCAGAUUGGCGGCCAUGCUCAGACAUAUGUCAACCCUGUGACCAAGAGGCCUACCAACAUCGGUGUUGCGCUCUUCGAAAACACCAAGACUGUGCAGAAGUACCUCGGUCGCCUUGGUGUUGCUCUCGCAAAGAACAACCCCUUCUCUGCUACUACCAGCACAAACAAGCAGUAUGAUUUCACUCUGGGCAUUCCCAUUCCUGCUCAGUCUCAGGCUCAGGCUGCUGCUACCAAGGAGGCCAUGGCCGCUGCUAUUCAAGCUUAUGCUCAGAAUGUCCUCCCCAAAUAUCCCUGGAUCGACCAGGGUUAUUUGAUCCCCAACCCUGUUCCGCAGGAGCUUCUUUUGCCUUUCGGAGAGUUCGCUCAGAAGAAUAACUUCAGCGCCAUUCUUCCUCUUAUCAGUCAGCUGAACUGGUACCCCGGCAACAUCACCGCCAUCCCCACCAUCUACGGUAUCAAGAAGUUCGGCCCUGGUCUUCUCCAGAGUGUCUCCAGCGAGUUCCUCGUUGCCGCAUCGGGCGACACCCGAAGCAUCUAUGAAGCUGCCGCCAAGGUGCUCGGAGACAGCAUCUAUCUCAACUCCGAGGUCGUCAAGGUUCGACGAAAUGCUGAGGGUAAGGGCGUUGUUGUCGUCUUCAAGCAGAAUGGCAAGACUAUCACCCUCCGGGCGCGCAAGCUCGUCGUUGCUAUUCCUCAGACACGCGCCAACACCAAGAUGUUCGAUCUUUGCGAGAAGGAAAGGAAGCUCAUCACCAAGUUCUCUGCUUUCGGCUAUGUUGCCGGUGUUGCUCACAUUCCCGGUCUUGAGAACGGUCUCCAGAACGUCGGUGCUCUCACCCCCGCCAACGUGCCCCUCGUCCCUGGCAGCAACGGCUACUUCCAAACUGGUUCACCCAACGACUUCCUCAUCGGUGCUGCUUUCGACAACACUGACUACACCCUCGCGGAUGCCAAGGCUCUUAUGCGCAAGGAACUCGCCACUGUGGCUCGUGUUGGCGGUGCCCCAGCUGAUGCUGCCGGCAAGGUCACUUUCCCUAUGCUUGAGGACCAUGCUCCUUACUACCUUCACGUUACCGGCCACGAUAUUGCCCAGGGCUUUUACCGUGAUCUCCUUGCGCUUGAGGGAUAUCGCAACACUUACUGGACCGGUGCUGUGUUUGCUGGACACAACAGCGGUUUGAUCUGGAACUGGAAUGACGGUACGGUUCUGCCUGCUAUUAAGCAGGCUCUUGAGCUUGAGACUUCUCUGUAGAGUGGACUCUCAUAUGAGAUUAUGUAUUACUUUCGCUAUAAAUCUUUUCUUUUUUAAACUUUCAUAGAAAUACUACGAUUUAAUGCAAGGCGCUGCAAAUAAUGUCCCAAUAAAUAUCUUGCAAAAAGUAACACUUUCAUUGCGGCUCUUCGAUAGCCAAACCAACACAUGCCAACCAGUAGAUGCGUUGUACAUUGCAUUCUUGAAUCACCUAAAUUGUAUUGCAUUGCCUUUCGUGACUGCCCAUAACGUUUGCCGGCAAAGGCCGUGGAACCAUUGUCCCGCGGUUGAAUAAACUCCAAUGUGAAAAGAAUUUGCACAACACCACAAAAAGAGCGCGAAGAGGCUACUACAACCAUUCCAAUGCGUAAUCAGGGAAUCGAACCCUGGGCUCCCCGACGCUGCUCGAAUGGCAACGGAGAAUUUUACCACUAAACCAAUUACGC